GUGGCAGAGUAGGUCUUGGACUCUAUCUGAAGAUAGUACUGGCUCACUGACCCGACUCAGCAUAUUCGCUGAGAUAAUGGACAAGGUGUCGCAAGAAAAUGGCGACUAAGAUGUCGAGCUCCCUCUAUUACUGCCAAUUGAAUGUUGAUUGCUCGACGAUGUUCUCGGUAUGUCUAGUCGUGCUGAUCGAAACAACCGUCAAAAGCAAGCUUGGCCGCACCAAGAAGCCUGAUCCUGGGAUUACCCGAAAGUGGAGCGACAAGCGGGCCGGGCGGAUUUCCCGCCAUGGCCUUAUCAACCAGCUCCUUCACUGUUAACAUCCGCGACUCUCAACUGCGCCAAUUUGCUGGAUGUAAAGACCACCGUGCUAGUAGCAGCCUGCCACGUCGCCCCUCACUUCCUGUCCGCGUCAAAACCACGAGCAAAGCCGUCUCCCUCAUCCAUCAAGCGGCGCGCAAUGCCGCCCACGUAGUUGUCUUCCCCGAAUCCUACAUUGCGGCCUUUCCCCUCUGGAGUGCGCUGCGUCCACCCACGGAUAAUCACGAUCUGUUCUCCCGUAUGGUGGCGAACUCUAUCGCCAUCGAUGGCGAAGAAAUUGCUGCGCUGCGGACUGCCGCUCGUGAGACCAACACUGUGGUGAGCAUCGGCAUUUCGGAGCGUAGCCUCACCAGCACUGCCUGUCUCUACAACUCGAACCUCAUCAUCGACAGCACUGGCUCCAUCGCUGUGCAUCACCGCAAGCUGAUGCCAACCUUCUUCGAGAAAUUGACCUGGAGUCCCGGUGAUGGGCACGGGCUACGAGUCGCUAAUACCCCGUACGGCAAUAUCGGCGGGCUCAUCUGCGGAGAGAACACGAACCCGCUGGCACGAUACGCUCUUAUGACGCAACGGGAGCAGAUUCAUAUCUCGUCGUGGCCAUGCAUCUGGCCUACCCGAAUGUUGGAUGCCCCUUCCGAGGCGGCGGGUAGUACCGGGGACCCUUCUGCUACUACCGCUGGGUCGAACUACAACAAUGUCCUGGCCAACCGUCUGCGCGCUGCUACCCAUUGCUUCGAGGCCAAGUGCUUUGGUGUGAUGUGUAGUGGGUUCCUCGAUAAACCCGCCAUUGAUACCAUUGUCGCUGGAGCCCGUGACGCCGCGCGGAUUCGCCGGACCUUGGAGCUCUCACCGCGCGGCGUCACCAUGUUCCUCGAUCCCACUGGUUCCCCGGUCCAGGGGUUCAUGGUGACGGAGCCGACGCGGGAGCAGCAGACACGGGAGUUUGUGCAGAUGGAAGAGGCAGUAUUGUAUGCGGACUUGGAUUUGGAUCUUUGCGUUGAGGGAAAGCAAUAUCACGAUGUCGUGGGUGGUUAUCAACGGUUGGAUGUUUUUGAUCUGCGGGUGGACCGAACUCGGAGGGAACCGGCGAGAUUUACGGAUACGGAGCAUACUAUUCGAGACGACUAAGUAACGCUCCAAGGGCCAGACAAUAG